GGAGUGCGCCCACGUGACCAGGGAUGCUCGCCUCUUUUCUUUCCUGCUGGACGAAACCCGAGGAAUUUGAGCGGGAAAGCGCCUUUGCGCCUGGGGCCUAGCGCGGCUGACGCUGCCAAGAGAGGACUGGGACGCGACGGGCGUAGCUGGCGGUGGCUUUCCCGUCGCGCUUCUUAGGCAGGGUCCGAAGCCAAAGGGACGGGAGUGGAGCAGAAAUCACCAGUUUGGAAAGGGAAAGCUGUGAAGGAAACUUGGUCCCAUUGCCUGAAGUUGUUGGCUGUUUUUGGUGUGCUUUUUACUGUUGUCUGAGGGACCUUGAAGUGAAGCACUCUAUUAAAAAGUAUAACCAACUAUAAGCUAUGUUGGUUUGAUGCUGACUUAAAUCACCAAACGUAAAAUUAUUUUUCGGGGGAAAGAGAGAAGCUAUGACCGACAUUUCAAGUCACCAUUCUACUUGUGCUUUUUGAAUUGACUUAUUCGUCUAACAUUGUCAGGAUGCUGGGUGCAUGUGGCAUGCAGAAAUGUCACCAAGAGGUGCUCAAAAAGAACCGUGUAUCUCUAGCAAAGCAGCUAGUGUUGAAGGAACUAAUGGAACAUCUUAUAGAAAAAGAUGUUAUCACUGAAGCAAUGAUGGAGAUGAUACAGGCGAAGUCUGGAAGUUUUAGCCAAAACAUAGAAUUAUUGAAUCUGCUUCCUAAGAGGGGCCCCAAAGCCUUUUCAGCCUUUUGUGAAGCUUUACGAGAAACUAAACAACAGCACUUGGAGGAAAUGCUCCUGACUGCUGUCCCCUGCCGUAGGACUGAGGUUGUAGAGUUGCCUCAUCACUACAAUCAAACGUUCCCAUUUCCAGUGCCUGAAUCCUGUGUCUCUCAGAAAAGAUUUUAUCAGAAUGCAGAGCCAAUGGAGCAUUCAUUAGAUGAUGGAGAUGGCCCUCACUAUCCUCAGGUGAAACUGUGCACUUCAGAAUUUUAUCUCACUCAUGCGCACUUGGCAUACAAGUUGAAAUCGCAGCCACGAGGCCUAGCUCUUAUCCUUAGCAAUGUGCAUUUCAGCAAUGAGACGGAUCUAGAGUUCCGUUCUGGAGGAAAUGUGGACCGUGCAGCUCUAGAUGUGCUCUUCAAGUGUCUUGGGUACCAGGUGCUUGUUCGACAUGAUCAGACUGCCCAGGAAAUGCAAGAACAGUUGGAAAGUUUUUCAAAGCAUCCAGCUCACCGAGACUUAGACUCCUGCAUAGUAUCACUUCUUUCGCACGGAAUAGAGGGUGGGGUCUAUGGAGUAGAUGGGAAGCUACUUCAGUUGCAGGAAAUUUUCAGGCUUUUUGAUAAUGCAAAUUGUCCUAAUCUUCAGAAUAAGCCUAAGAUGUUCUUCAUCCAAGCAUGCCGGGGAGAUGAGACAGAUCAUGGAGUGGAUCAGAUAGAUGGGAAUGACCGGGCCAGUUCCCCUGGUUGUGAAGAGAGUGAUGCCAACAAGAAGGAGAACCCUAAGUUACGGCUCCCCACCUGCUCUGAUAUGAUCUGUGGAUAUGCCUGCCUGAAAGGUACAGCUGCUAUGAGAAAUACCAAACGUGGAUCCUGGUAUAUAGAAGCUCUCACUUCUGUGUUUGCUGAGGAUGCCAGAAACACGCAUGUGGCUGACAUGCUGGUCAAGGUAAAUAGACUGAUCAAACACCGUGAAGGCCAUGCCCCUGGCACAGAGUUUCAUCGUUGCAAAGAGAUGUCAGAGUAUUGCAGCACUCUCUGCCAAGACCUUUACCUAUUUCCAGGGAUGGUUUCUGAGAAUUAACUCUACCGUUCUUUCUCCAAUGAAAUUAUUUCCUGCUAAUCAAUGUUCAUGGAAUGCUCCUGUGGUUGCCUGUCGAUUUCCAUGGUGUACAGUACCUUCCUUCAAGGCUCUUGGUCAGAUGAAUUAAAGCUUUGUAUGAUAGUGAAAAUUUGACUUAUGAGCUAUUGCUUAUGCUACUUGCUUUCUUGUUUCUGGUUUUUAAAACCUGAGAUAUCCUAAGACAUAAAUAAUCCUAAAUUAAUAAUGCCUGGCCAUGCCAAAUUUCUUAUGCUCUGUGCAGAAUUUGCUAAUAUCCCUCUUUAGAGAGGACUUGGCCAUUGUUCAGGGGGUUUUCUCCUCAUGAGCAAAAAACAGAUUGAUGGGGAGCAUUUUAAUAAUUUUAUGUGAGUGUUUAUAGAAAAUGUGAGUUUGACAUUUCAUUUAAUUUUAUAAAGGAAAAUAUGUAAAAAACAUUUUUUAAAAAGUUAUACAAUGAAUUCUUUUUUAAUACAAAUUCAAGUUUGGUUGCCCAGAGCAGGUAGACUUGAAAGGGAACCUUCACCCUAAAAAUCGAGACUCUGCAGAUUAUGAAUGUCAAGUUAGAACAGUAGGCCAGUGCUAAUGUUGCUUUAUGCCUGUAGAUACUCAAGCAGUUACUAAGUUUUUGUUAUAAAACCUUUAUUAUAUGCUUGCUGGUUACUAUGUAUUCUAUUAUGGAAUUUGAUCAUUCGUGCAGAAAAUUGGGAGCAGGACUUGGAAAUAAUCACAAUGAGUUUUUAUUCUCCAAGGUGCUUCUGGUUACAUAAAACGUAUGUUUCUAAGUUGUAAUGGCAUUAGCUUAAUGAUUCCAAAUGUUUAUCCAUAAUAUGUCCUUUAUCCAUAAUAAAAUCUGUUUUAUCUAAUGCAGAUUUGAAAGUAUAUUUAAGUCUUCAUUAGACAACACAGGUAUGCUGCCAUGGAUUAACCUACCUUUGUCCUGUUCCGCUUGCCUAUGUUCUUUGCACCUAUGUUCUUCAGAUUCAUGGUGGGGAGGAAAGGGUUAAACGCUUAUUCAGUGUUUCCUGGAGUCCUGAUCAUUACCUACUCCCUUCUGUCUAUAGCAUUCGCUUGGCUUAAAGGCUUCUGUGCUUGUUAUUUUUAUAGGAUUUUAAAAAUUUCUGUUGAUUUGAAACAGUUUAUGAUUUAACAUAAAUAGGAAGCGCUUUUCAUGUAGAACAGGAAAUAUUUUGCUCUUCUGCUAGAUAGGCUUGUAAGGAUGCCUGGACAGGCACAGGAUAGAAAGCGUAGAGGAACAGUCUAACUCAUUAUUUUUCAGAAUCUAGCUCUACUACUGUAAAUGGCCCCUUUGGUGGGAUCUAUCAUUUAAAGAAUAGGCUUUGGAAGUAAAGGACAACUGAAACAAGCCAGUUUUCUUUAUAUGUGUGAAUAUACUCUUUAGUAGCAUAACAGUCCAGGCACCCAGCAGCCAUAGGUGCUUUAGCAGUAAGAUGGGUGGCCCCUGGAUUUGCUGCAGAGGUUGGGCAGUAGCUCCCUUUCCUGUAUCUGACUUGAAACCUUUGAAAAUACAUUUGGAAUAUUUUGUGCUCUUUUUAAAAAGAUCUUAUUUUUGUAUUUUUAAAAACAAUGUUUCUGCAACUUUCUGCAACCAAGGACUGUAUGCUUUAACCAAAUUCCUCAGACGGAAUCCAUUGCCCUUUAUCGAUUAGUAUAAAUCCCCUUUGCCCAAGAUUUUAAAAAAUAUAUAUUUUUAUACAAUUUUGAUACAUUUUUAAAAAACAGAUAUAAUUUUAGGAAAAUAGAAUGACACAAAACGAACUAAAAAGAGAAAAGCAGAAGGCUGGGGAAUUUGUAUUUUUGCAUUCUCUUGUUACAAAGGUGCUCUUACUCCUCUCCCUCUUGAUAGGCGAGGUGCUGUAUCUGCUGGGAAGUUAAGAGCCAUUUCAGGGCCAGUGGAUAGCUCUGGAUGACCCCUGCAGGGUUCUCUCCCUGGAUAAAAAUAGAAAUAUGGAAGUCUUCUCCAUUGUGUCAAUGCAACUAUUUCCCUGUCGCUUUGAAAAGGAGUGGCCAGUUUUUCUAUCACUGCCUAUAUAUUGUGUAUAAAUUGCUUCCAUGUGCCAAAAUAAAAAGUAAUCUCAUU